AUGGAUUUUGCAGAGGGUGUUAUAGCAGGAGGUACAGCUGGUGUUGUUGUUGAAGCAGCUCUAUACCCCAUUGAUACUAUAAAGACAAGACUGCAGGCAGGUGCUCGUGGUGGAGGGAAAAUAGUCUUGAAGGGCCUUUAUUCUGGGUUAGCUGGAAAUCUCGCUGGUGUCUUACCGGCUUCUGCAAUUUUUGUUGGAGUGUAUGAACCUACGAAGCAGAAAUUGUUGAAGAUGUUUCCUGAAAAUUUAAGUGCUUUAGCUCAUUUUACAGCAGGGGCUUUUGGAGGCGUUGCUGCUUCACUCGUUCGUGUUCCGACAGAGGUUGUUAAGCAAAGGAUGCAAACUGGGCAGUUUACAUCAGCCCCUGAUGCUGUCCGCCUUAUUGCUUCUAAAGAGGGUUUCAAAGGAUUCUAUGCGGGAUACGGAUCGUUGUUAUUGAGAGAUUUGCCAUUUGAUGCAAUUCAAUUUUGCCUAUACGAGCAGCUUCGGCUAGGUUACAAAGCGGCGGCAAAAAGAGAGCUCAACGAUCCUGAGAAUGCUAUAAUUGGAGCUUUUGCUGGCGCACUAACUGGAGCUGCAACCACUCCUCUUGAUGUGAUUAAAACCAGGCUAAUGGUUCAGGGAUCUGCAAACCAGUACAAAGGAAUCAUUGAUUGGGUUCAAACUAUUGUGAGGGAAGAAGGACCUCCUGCUCUUUUGAAGGGCAUUGGGCCAAGAGUUCUGUGGAUAGGCAUAGGUGGAUCGAUUUUUUUUGGUGUCCUUGAGCGUACAAAGCGGUUUCUUUCUGAGAGGCGACCAACACUACCUGAAGACUCAAAGCAGGAUUAA